CGACGACAACCUUUUUCAUUUCCCUCAUCCCACACCAACCUGCCAGUCUCGAUAAAUUAAUCCGUCGCAAUGGGUCACGCUGCAGGUCUCCGGGCUGGUACGCGAUAUGCGUUCAGUCGCAACUUUCGCCAAAAGGGCAUGAUCGCUCUCGGCACGUACAUGAAGACGUACCGUGUCGGUGACAUUGUCGACAUCAAGGCCAACGGUGCCGUCCAGAAGGGCAUGCCCUACAAGGUCUACCACGGAAAGACCGGCGUCAUCUACAACGUCACCAAGUCGGCCGUCGGGGUCAUCAUCUACAAGAAGGUCGGCAACCGGUACAUGGAGAAGAGAGUCAACGUCCGUGUCGAGCACAUUGCCCACUCGAGAUCGAGAGAAGAGUUCUUGACCCGCGUCAAGACCAACGCUCAACGUCGUCGCGAAGCAAAGGAAAAGGGAGAGUCUGUCCAACUCAAGCGUCUGCCGGUCGGUCCCCGAAAAGCCCACACCGUCGACAUGAAGGAGAUCGAGAGCCUCGCUCCCCAACCAUACGAUACCCACAUCUAAACAAAGAACGUUGCGGUUUUCGUCGCUUCGACCGACCCUUCCCUUAGACGAAAGUACUUUGGGAAGGGGUUGUUUGUGUGGAUGGCAUUGCGAAGUGUUUCUUUACUUUUUCUCUCGAGAAGCGUGAUUACGAACGGGGAUCGGAAUCGGGGGAGGGCAAGGGUGUGUUGCUCUGUGCGCGUGUCCAAGUGGUGACAAAUGGCAAAGAAAACAAAAUGAACAACAACAAAAAAAGGAAAGCCACCAAUGGGGAACCCUUGUUGAAGGAAGAAAACAAAGCGGACUUGGUCAAAACUCAGUGGUUCCUCGCCAGGCCCGGUGUUCCUGGAUCGGCCCUAGGGAUAUCGGGAUCGGCAAAGAACUCAUCGAGCAAUGAUUACAGCUGGUCAUUGCGAGUGAAACAACUUUCAAGAAAACUUUGGACGCUGAGAUAAACAUGUCUUGUCCCAGAUGGGCACGGUCAAAUACGAAAGGAAGUUCCAACAACUGAUGAUGAAACUGCGCAUUUCAAAUCACUCGUGCUUCUGCCUUUUGAGCCAUUGCGACUUCUGCUCUACUAAACCUCGCAGCAUUGUAAAAGAGUUGGGCACUUUGAAUUGCUCCUCCAGUCUCUAAAAGUGCCUUGCAAGCUACGUCGUCUUGGAAACAGUAUGUUUGGGGGUGAACUUCAAGAUCUUUUAUUUCUUUCUAAUAUAGAC